AUGUCAGAUGACGUCAAUAAUUCGGCAACGUCUUCAAAUGUUCACUUCGACGAUAUGCCGUUCGAAGAUGUCUUCGAUAUUGAAACAGAACUAGGAAGCGGUCAAUUCGCAGUUGUCCGUCGAGUACGGGAUAAGAAAACCGGUGAACGAUACGCGGCGAAAUUCAUCAAAAAGAGGAGAUAUGCAACGUCACGGCGGGGUGUCACAAGACAGAAUAUCGAAAGAGAAGUUCGAGUUCUUCAGAAGAUUCGAGGACAUUCAAAUGUGGUUGAGCUACAUGCGGUUUAUGAAACAGCCAGUGAUGUUAUCAUUGUUCUGGAAUUAGUAUCCGGCGGAGAGCUCUUCGAUCAUGUCUGCGCAAAAGAGUGUUUGGAUGAAGUGGAAGCAGCCGCAUUCAUCAAACAAAUCCUUCUGGCAGUCCGGCAUCUUCAUUCCCUUCAUAUCGUUCAUUUGGAUAUAAAACCAGAGAAUGUGAUGUUGAAACAACGCGGAGAGUCACAUAUCAAAAUCAUUGAUUUCGGUUUGUCUCGAGAAAUUGAGCCAGGAGCAACUGUGAAGGACAUGGUCGGAACUCCAGAGUUUGUGGCUCCAGAAGUCGUUAAUUAUGAGCCAUUGUCACCGGCGACGGAUAUGUGGGCAGUUGGAGUUGUCACUUAUAUUUUACUCUCCGGCGGUUCUCCAUUCCUUGGUGACAAUCGUGACGAGACCUUCUCAAACAUCACCCGAGUACGGUACCACUUCUCUGAUCGAUACUUCAAAAACACCUCCAAACACGCGAAAGACUUCAUUUCCCGACUAUUCGUCCGUGAUGUAGAUCAACGAGCCACAGUAGAAGAAUGCCUUCAACAUCCAUGGAUCAGAGGACCCGAAGGAAAUGCAGUCGAUAUUCGAAAAGCAUCCUGUAUCACAAUAUCCCAUAUCCAAUCAUUCAAAACUAGACAGAGGUGGAAACGAUGUGUGGAACUUGUUAUGGUACUUCUGAAGGCUUCAAAAACUUCUAGAAAGAUUGGAGACGGGCGGUUUAAUCCUGAAGAUCUCGUGGCUAGUUGCACAUUGAUAUGCGCUGAAGAAGGCAAUCUACGGGCACUUCACAAGUUGUCAGCCCUUCAUAAACUUCUUCCAAACGCGGUGAGAAAGUCGCACGAUUCAGAAAUCUCAUGUUCGGAUCCAAAUGGAACAACUGCAAUGCACUGUGCUGCUAAAUACGGACAUGCUGAGGUAUUCAAUUAUCUACACAUGAAAGGCGGCAACAUUUGUGCUCGAGAUGAUAAUGGAGACACUCCUCUCCACGUGGCAUGUCGAUUCGCACAGCAUACGGUAGCUGGAUAUGUGGCAAAUGAGAAAGUAGACGUUGAUUCAAUUAACAAGAAAGGAGAGACUGCAUUGCAUUGUGCUGUUGAGUCAGCUGAUACCAGGGUGGUUAGGUUGUUGCUCUCGUUGAGACCACGAUUGGAUUUACCCAAUGCGAACGGUGACACUGUACUUCACCUGGCCGCAGACAGUAUAAAUCCUCGGAUAGUACCUCUUCUGGUUUGUCUGUCUCCUCCACUGCAUCUCCGAAAUAUUCGCGAAGAGACUCCACUUCAUGUUGCUGCUGCUCGCGGACACGUGGAUUGUGUUCAAGCGAUUCUCGAUGCAAACUCACCAAUCAAUGCAGUUGAGCAGGAUGGAAAGACAGCUUUGAUUAUUGCUUUGGAGAACGAUAAUGUCGAUAUUGCGGGCAUUCUGAUAACCAAUGGUUGUGAUAUUAAUCAUGCGGAUAAUCACGGCGACACAGCUCUCCACGUGGCCGCUAAACACGGACUGCUCCAAGCCGUCCAAACUUUGUGUCACUGUGGAGUUCAUGUGGAUUCACCAAACGCUAACCAGAAGACUGCGCUUCAUCUGGCAGCUCAUUUCGGACACGUCGACAUCAUCAGAAUUCUUCUUUUGGCUCGUGCUGACGUCACACUUCGAGGAGAUGAUGGUUUGACGGCUGAGCUUGUUGCAGUGGCUGCAGAGAGAUUAGAAGCUCAUUCAUUGCUCAAAAUGGUUAAAUCGCAAGAAACCCGUGAGGAAUACAUCUCUCAACUCUACCCAUUGGACACUUCUCUUCGUCGAAUUAAAUUGAAACUUCUGGGACACUCACUCUCCGGAAAGACCCGUCUGGUUCAAACUCUGAAUUCAACUCGUGGAAUUUCUUCAUUUUUCGAUGCAAUGCGCCGAUUCAGUGACCAUUACAGUCCCUCGAAUUCCAUGAAAGACGACGGAAUUCACUCGGCAAAUGGAUCAUUCGUCAGUGAAUCGAACAACAAUUCGUCUUACGAACUGUCAACAUCUGGCAGCAAAUACACUCCACCGCACUCUCAAUACACACGAGGAAUCGAUGUACAAACUGUAAAUGUUCAAGGAUGUGGAGAGUUUUCAGUUUGGGAAUUUGGAGGAUACGAACCAAUGCACACUUGUUAUGAUCAUUUCGUUGGAAACUGUGACUGCAUUCAUUUGAUUUUGUAUAGAGCCAGUGAUCCGACGGAAGUACAAUACAAACAGAUUCUCUAUUGGAUGAACUUCUUGAAAGGAAGAGUUACGCCGUUUGAACCGAUGUUUGUACAUCGAUUCCUCGUGUGUAUUGAGAGUGCGGUGGAGUGUAUUUGCUGCCAGAUGUUGACAGUUCGUAAGACGAAUUGUUGUUCGAUUCNGCACAUCUAUUACAGGUUUUACGGACACUGUGGAUUCUCAUCCCGUCGUUCCAAAGUUAUCAUCGUUGGAACGCAUGCAACUCCAUCACUGUUUCCACAAAAGAAUCAAGAAGGAGAAUACAUUUCAUCUGAUAUUGAAGCAAUGCUAAAUACAGUACGACUUCGUUUUGAGACCCAUUUCGAUAUGGACCACCGUUUGAUUCUUCUCGAUGCCACGAAUCCAUCGUGCGUCGGAAUGAAGACGUUGAAAAUGGAAUUGGCAAAGUGUCGAACGAAUAUUUUGGCAAAACUUCUGAAACCAUUGGCUAUACUGGAUACUGUAGUCUCUCAUUUGAAUCUGGUUAGGAAGAAGCACGUGAAUUUCCCAGUUAUCACUUGGCCUGAUUUCACUCAAUUGAUUCGAGAUGAGAUUAAUCCGUUGACUGGAGAUGCACAUUGUAGGCAGAUUGUACAACAAUUGCAGUUGAUUGGAGAGCUCGUCUACCUGCGAAACGAUCUUUGUGAUGCGGAUUAUGUUGUUCUGAAUGCCGAAUGGUUCGGAACUCACGUUCUCGGACAACUUCUCAGUGCAGAAUUCCUCUCAAAAGCCAGUCCAAACGGAUCUUAUCACACCUCAUCACUCGCCAAAAUCUUCCCAGAAAUCCCAGAACAAUCGGACUUGAUGACAAUUCUGGAAGUGCUUCAACUGUGUGCUCCAGAUGCCAGAACUGGUGCUCAUGAAUUCCCAGUUUUCAUUCAGACAGAAGCUCCGGAUUCCAUUUGGAGACCGUAUUCAUUGCCUGAGAAAGAGAGGGACACGGUUUAUGGAGGAGUCAGAAUUCUUCCGAUGCGUGGAAUGGAGAGAAGUCUUCAUAGCACAUUUCCAAGGAUUCAAGUGGCGUUGAGAAGGAGUAUUAAUGAUUAUCAGCCCGCCAAAGACACACAACUCCAACAAUGGUCCGAAUGCUCCAAACUGGUCACUCAGGAUCGUGAAGCUGUCAUUCGCAUGGUUGGAGACGCCGUUGAAAUCCGUGCCCGUGGACCAUCUGAAACUGCAACUUCGAUGUUUUAUUUCAUGGAAGAUCUUAUCAAUUUAGUGGAACAUGCUGCAGCAGAAGUUGGACCUGGAAUCAGUCUCGAACGACACUUUAUCAGUCCAAAACAUCUCAAAGAACACCGUGAACAUCCUGCUCUUUUCCCACCGGAAGCUAUGAUGGAAAUGCAACAAAGAGAAUCGUUAUCAGUUAAAGGAACUCAGGAUGAAGAGGAAUUGUUCACUGAUGUCGUGUGCUUUGGAUCCCGUGACGUGGCACGUCAUCUAACACUUGGAAUCGAUGUAGGUGUUGCGGAUCUUCAAAUGGCGAGUCGUUGUGAACUCGCGUGUCUUCUCGAUCCACCUCAUGCGAUGGGAAGGGACUGGUCGAUUCUGGCGGUCAAGCUUCAGUUGACUGAUCAGGUGCCGGAUGUCGACUCAACAGGUCAAUCCCUAUCUCGAACCGACCAAUUGCUCAACGAGUGGGCCAUCCACCAUCCGGAGCAAGCCAGUGUCGGAAAUCUGUGUCGAAUUCUUGUUGAACUCGGACGAUGUGAUGCACGAGAUGCGCUCUAUCGAACAGUUCCACUUUAUGUUUUCGCUCCUCUCGAAGAGCAAUAUUUACUGGAAACCAAUGAUAGUGGAGUCGUCUCCUCGUGUCAUAGUUCCAGCGAACAUCAACCAAUCUAA